AUGUUGCUGGAUGAGAUCCCUCACGCCACAUCGCACAAUCUCCACGACCACCACCAUCAUCAUCAUCACCGACAUAGACAUGGUGCUGAUGACGAUGACGAUGGCGUUUUCGUUAUGAAGCGGACACACUAUGGUCAUGGUCAUGUUAAUGGUAACGGUAACGCUCAUGAUUAUGGUAUGUAUUACGAUGACGGCUUCAAAUCCCCUAUGAGUGGGUUUUCUCUGCAAUCUGACGAUUCUUCUUCCAGUUUGUUCUCAAUGUCUCCUCCUUCUUUCGACGACCUCAAAUCCAACGUGGUUUCUAGAAGCUCCUGUUACCCCAACAACCACAACCUCUACCUCAAUUCUAGGAUCCCUGAUUCCACUGUCAAACUCAAUGAGACUGAUAGGUUGGUUCAUGAAGUAGGCCUCUGCUCUAAUUUCACUAAAAUGUGCAUUGCUGAUAAUACACACCAGAAUCCUAAUGUGCUUCCGUUUCGUGAUUUUGUCAAUAAUCUUCACCACAUGCGUGGUGGUGGUUCUGGUGGUGGUGGGGACUGUGGCAAUUUUGGAAGAGGGUUUAGUGAUUCUGUGGGGUUUCAAUCCCCUGUAAUCAGGACAAGGAGUUCUGUCACCCGUGCUGCAGAAAUUAAUUCAGCAUUGUCAGGACUGACUCAGGAUUAUAAAAUGACUAAUUUAUUUGGAUCGUUGCAGUCAAGUCCUAGGUGGCAUGAGCGCGAUAUGGUUUCUCAAUUGAAUGGAUUCAGUGGUGGUUCAAUGGAUUCUCCUAGGCGUGAAAGGCAGCUGAUGAGUAAUUACAAUGGUAGUGAAAGCGUGGUGCCGGAGAUUGUUGGUUCCUUGAGCGGAAAUUCAACUGUUGAUGCUGCUUCACUUUAUGCGCAGAAAUAUGGAAUUAACUUAUUGGAAGAAAGCGGGGUGUCAAGACUGUCUAAUAAUUCCUUUUGUCCUAAUUAUAAGCCUUGUAUGAGUGUUCAGGAGUUGCUGCAGUAUGGCCUUUAUCAGCCUAAUGCAAGAAUUGUGCCACUUUCGAAUUCUAGAAUCCCACGAGGAAAUCUAGAUGCUAUGACAAGUGAGGGGAGUUUUAUUAUACAGGGGGAAGGUUUAAAUUAUGUUGUUAGCAGGGGUUCGGAUCAUUCAAGGUGUCAGCGUGCUGUGCGCGAAAAUGGCUUUGCUAAGCAGCUACAGCGGUCGGAGAUAGACAUCCGACACCAUCUUGGAGGAUAUGAAAAUCCUAGGAGUCCUAGGAAUGGGUGCUCAUUCCCUAUGCUGCCCAAGUACAAUUCCCUAGCAGAAGCUCGAGGGUCGUUGUAUUUAAUGGCCAAAGAUCAACAUGGCUGUAGAUUCCUGCAAAGAAUGUUUGAUGAGGGUGCACCGGAGGAUGUUCAAGUGAUAUUUAGUGAGAUAAUUGAUCAUGUAGUGGAGCUUAUGAUGAAUCCUUUUGGAAAUUACCUAAUGCAAAAGUUGUUGGAUGUAUGUGAUGAAGAACAGAGGAUGCAGAUCAUACUUGUGGUUACACAGGAGACCGGGCAGCUUGUCAGAAUCUCUUUAAACACUCAUGGCACUCGUGUGGUACAAAAGCUGAUUGAGACUCUCAAAACUAGGCAGCAAAUUUCAUUAGUUGUAUCAGCUUUGCAACCUGGAUUCUUGGCCCUCAUCAAAGAUCUUAAUGGGAAUCAUGUGGUUCAACAUUGUUUACAAUGCCUAAGCAAUGAAGAUAACAAAUUCAUAUUUGUUGCUGCUGCCAAGUAUUGUGUUGACAUUGCAACUCAUCAACACGGAUGUUGUGUUCUACAAAGAUGCAUUGGCCAUUCAAGUGGAAAGCUUAGAGAAAAUCUGGUUGCAGAAAUAUCUACUAAUGCACUUCUGCUAGCUCAAGAUCAAUAUGGGAAUUACGUUGUUCAGUUUAUCUUGGAUUUGAGGAUUCCUUCCGCCGCUGCAACUUUAAGUUUGCUAUUUGAAGGUAAAUAUGUGCACUUGUCAAUGCAGAAGUUCAGCAGCCAUGUCGUUGAAAAAUGUCUUGUUGUAUUCAAUGAUGAGAAUCGAUCAAGAGUCAUUCAUGAACUGCUAUCUGCUCCACACUUUGAACUGUUGCUUCAAGAUCCACAUGCAAAUUAUGUUGUUCAAUCAGCUCUUCGACAUUCUGAGGCGAUUCCAACUAGGUUGGCAUCCCUUACUACACUCUGCAAGGACAGUAAGCCAAAAAAGUAUAUAACCAAAUCGAGGAAACUACAGAAGGCAAGAGGAGAAGAAAAUUCUGCGAGGAAGUUGAAGUUGGAUAGUAAAGAAGGGUCUGGAAAGGAAUCCCCCCACUCACUGGUGGGGGCUCUUGAAGAAAAUGUGUGGGAUGGAUUUGGUGGAAGUGAUGAUCAUACGGUAACCCAUGCUGGUGACAAGCUUAAUAAACAGUUUAUAAUACAGGGAGAUAGCUGUAAGGAUUCACUUCACCAAUUACGUGGUAUCAGAAGUAGUGAUUACGAUAAUAUCUAUGGUACUCAGGGUAAAGAGGAAUUGUACUUAGAAAGUAUGACCCAGAAAGAGAAAAUGCUAGAAAAGGAUUCGACACCUGAAGUUGUGUUUUCUUCUAGGGUUAAUGACUCAAGUAAAGAAGCCAAAAGGCUCACAUCAGAUGACACUGGCAUGUCUGAUCACUGUUUCAAGAGCAGCAAUUUAGAUUCUGGUGGAUGUGAGCUAUGUGAAGAUGAUACUAUCUUGGGAGACAAGUGUGUGGUGGAAGAUGAUAGUGUCUGUCAAUAUUCAAUCAAUCACACAUCCCAAGCUGACAAUGAACUCAGUUUUCUUGAUAAUGACGGGUGGCUGGAUAUAGGAAACUUUGAAGAUGUUGACAGGAUGUUAAGUUGUGAUUUAACGUUUGGAACGGGAAGUCUCAACAAUGAAGAGGAGUUCUGCUGGCUCUCAUCUUCUCAUGGUGCCGAAGGUUCUGAUGAUGCAGUGAAGUCUGACUUUAAGUUUUCAUAUGCAGAAAUGAGUCCGUUGAAAAGUAUAUCAGAUUAUAAAAUGGACUCGAAGGAAAAUAUUAUAGGUGUUUCAAACGAUUCCAAUGACAGGUCAUCUCCUGUUGAUGAAAAAUUCAGGUCUCAAAUGGAUGUUAUUGACGAUGGUGUCCCUAUUCCAUUAUCAAUGUUCAGUAAGAGUGAGACAGAUAUGAAAUCUGGUAAUGUAGUUGACUUGCAACCCAAAGAAAAGCCGCAGAGGAAGCUGCCAAAGCCAUCGGCAGGAAGGCGAAAAAAUGGUUACCUAGAAAACAGAGGUUCUGUUCAUCCUUAUAUUCCUCCAGAGCGAUAUGCAGAUACAAAGCAGCCUUUUGGAGCGUCUUCCAGUGGGGUUACAUCUCUUGAUUGCAUCCAGAAACAUAAGCUGAACAGAGAUUCCAAUACUUUAGGCUGUAUACAGACACAAGUUCCUAUAAGACUCCCAGACUAUAGUCAUACUCCAAAUCACACUUCCCUCUUUACAACUUUGUCUGGAUCUGAGCAUGAUGGACAUCUGUCUCCUUCUGUUAAAGAAUCAUCAUAUGCAUCAAACAUGGAAAGUUCUCAUGGUCAUUCCUUGGAGGCUGCUGCCUUGAAAACAUUUGAAAACAGAGAAAAUUUGUUUCAAUGCUGUGAUGGACCUCUGUUAAGUAGUAGUUUAAAAAAUGAAAAUAUCCCAAAUCAAAUACCACUUCAUAGUCCAGGUUCAGCUCAGCAAGUAGGUCAUCGGUUUGAAAAUGAAAAUGAAGGUCAUAGUGAAGUCCAGGGAGUUAGCCUAGGCUUUUCACCAGAAAUAGAUUCAUCAAUAGUGCAUGAAAGCUCAUCCAUGGGCUCCGUUCUGGAUCAAACCUCACUUGAAGCAACCAGCUUUUGCCACCUGCAACAGAUCAUGGAUCAGUUGGAUAUUAAAACCAAACUGUGCAUUAGGGACAGUCUAUACCGCUUGGCUAAGAGUGCGGAGCAAAGACAUAAUAAUCCAAGUGCAAAUGGUUGCAUUGGCGACAAUGAAGCUUGCAAAACAAUGACGGUGCAGGAUGCAAGCAGCUUCGUUCAGGUGUACCGGAUUAAUGGACAUGGAAACUGA